AUGGCGGCGACGGCGACGGAGGACGUGACAGUGAAGGAGCCGCUGGAUUUGAUUAGAUUGAGUCUCGACGAGCGAAUCUACGUGAAGCUGCGAGGCGAGCGAGAGAUCCGCGGCCGACUACACGCGUACGACCAGCAUCUGAACAUGAUUCUGGGCGAGGCGGAGGAGGUGGUGACGACUGUGGAGAUUGACGACGAGACGUACGAGGAGAUUGUCAAGACAUCAAGGCGCAACAUCCCGUUCAUCUUUGUGAGAGGCGACGGGGUAAUUCUGGUCUCGCCUCCACUGCGCACGUAG